CCUGAACAUACCCGAACACCAAAAGACACACAUGGUGUGCGAUCUUUUGUUGUUCCCACCUUGCUUCCCAUCCGUUCCGAGUCGACCUCCACCGACCACCUGACCGCCCCUUUCGACCGAGACCCGAGGUGGCCAGUCCUGGGAGCUCGGCGAUGUCCAGUAGUGAUGCCUGGACCUCCCGCACCUCCCAAACCAGCGCUCGCAGCGGCGCCAAAAGCAGCGCUCGAACCUACGCCGCCCUCCCCAACCGCUUUGGACUGGGCCCCGCGUCGCCCACGGCACCGGAGAGCAUGGGUUAUAGUGCUCCGUCCAGUGCCCAGCUAAUGGAUGUGCAGCGGCAUUUGGAGGUGAUCCGCUUCACUGUCCUCAGGGAGCAUGCACAAAUGCGGCAACGGGCCGAAGAGGCCAAAGAGCAGCUUGCAGCCCAGGGCCGCAUCUUUGAUGAGCUCAUUCUCAGCGUGGAUGCUGUGGACUUGGCGCAGGAGCCCCGCUUUGCGUCGCAGCCGUUGCGCCUGGACGCGCUGCCGCAGCUCCAGUGGACUUUGACGCUGGAUGUGAAGGAAGGUCCCAGCGUCGAGUUCGGCGUGAGCGCCCAUGCCGAAACGGAGCUGCAGGAAGAUUUGGAGUUCCUGGCGGCCUUGAUGCUCCGGGUCCGAGUUCCAAAAGGUACAAGUUCCAGCGGUGGAGGUGCCUUCACCGAACUGGCUCCCGGUGCCUGGCGCCGCUUGCGACCGGACGCCGAGACCUCCGUGUCCGUGCGCUGCGCCGUGCCGCACUGCGCUGCUUCGGGACCGGUGGAUUUCCGUUGCCAUGUGGAGCUCACGCCCCGAAUGCCUCAAAGCGCCGAGAGAAGAAUCGACCUGGGCGGUGAGGAGCUAAAAGGUUCGAAGCUGCCGAACAUCUACUUAGAGCUGAUGCCGUUGCGGCUACAUUGCCAGCUGACUCUUGCUGCACUUCGAAUGGAUAUGGGUGCGGUGGAUGAGGCAGGUCAACUUCUGCAAGAUGCAGAACUCUGCAUGACCAGGUGUGUUGAAAAGGUGCCGUGGCAACACGUGCAAUUCUGCAUGCUGAAGCUCAGGUGGCGGCGCCUGAAGUAUCGCAUGGGCACCAUGGUGCCAUCGGCCCCCUUGGACGCGCCCAACUGCAUCUUGUUCUUGGAACGUGCCAAGCCGCCGCAGAUUGUGAGCCUCUCGGAGUGGGUGUGGAGGCUCAGCGAAGAAGUGGAAUUCCUGCAAGUGGCGCGACUGGCUUUGAAAGAAGGUGGCCAUGACGUGCGGCAGCUCCUGGAGCUCUUCGACGAAGCGCUGGAAGAGCUCCUCCGCACCGAGAUCAAGAGGUGGCCUGCAGCCGACGACGUUUUAGUGAACAUCGCGCCAUUCCCUGCCGGAGCUCCAGCACCCGUGAACGGAACAUCGCGUCUGAUGUUCACUCUGUUGUUGGCAGAGCCGGAAGGGGCUCUGCCUCCGGCGCUGAGAGCUCGAUUGGUGGCACACUGUGUAAACCCUCGAGUGCCUUCAAUGAAGGCCCUGUCCGCACACGAGGAUGUUUUUGGGGAAUUCAAAAAGUACGCCGUGAUGGCGCAAGGGAUUGGCCUGAACCCCGAAUUGAGCGCCAAGAUAAUAGUUUGGCACGAAGAUUCCAAGACCAAGAGCGAAGAUCGCUUCGGGCCGGGUGACCAGGUCAUUCUCACGAACGAAGAGGCAACUCAGGCUUUGCCUUCUUUGGGGCAAAUCGUCGUGAAUCUCUCGAUCAGUUCCGCCUUUCCAGCAUGCAAGGCUUUGGCUGGGAAGACAGGAGCACAUACCACCCGACCUUACCAUACGUGUGUUGGAUUGACACCCGACACUAACUGGAUCGAAAGGUUCUCGUUAGUGCUAGAACCUGUCGACCGCGAUGCUGCCGAAGCUUUGCGCCUGGCGUUGCGCAAUUUGCCGGUGCCGGCUGGUAAAGCACCACCGGACGUGGAUGCCGGGCUCCGAUUGUAUCGCGACGAGUUCACGCAGGACGAGCAGAUUGAGUGGGAGCGAGUUGAGUCGGACCGACGGAGUUCAUGGAAGCGCCGUGCUUUUGAUGCAUGUGGUGCUUGGGAGAUGACCUUUGAUGACAAGGGCCUGCCGACAGCAAUCCUGCUGAGCGAUCCGGUGUGGAUCUCAGAACUUCGGGAAAAGGAGAGGAAACCACUCUUCCAGCGGAUCUACCCCUUCUUCGCCUGUGGGGACGACCCAGAUCUCUUCUGGCAUGGGUUCUAUUUCGAGGUGCUGGCUUCCCAAAAACAGCGUGCCGUGCACCUUCCCCGAACCUCUGCGAACGCCGGCACGGUCGCUGCUCCAGGCUUCUCUGCGAUGGCCCGGAACCGCAAGGCGUUGCUGUUUGAGCCUCCUCAGGCGGUGCACAGUGCCGGUCGGCGUGUGGUGUUUUGGUUCGUCGGCCUGAGAGACGGUUCGAACACCAUGGAGAAAGGGUUCGAAGAGAUGGAGAACAUCAAAAGGUCUGUUUUUUUUGACACCACGAGUCACUGGAGAUCCAACUUUGGCAGCAGAGGCAAUGCUGAGGGAGGCGUCCAGCAACGGAGACGCCGUGUGUUCAAGACUGCAGCGCGCGUUGUCAGCAAAAUCCCCAAAGCCAAGUCCAAGAAGGGUGCUGAUGGUAAGCAUGCUAAGAAAGGAGCGCAGAAAACCAUGCAGAAGAAGAAUGCAACGCUCCACGCUCAGCUCACUGAAUCACGAACUCAAGUGCUGGAAUUUGUGGCAAUUUCCACCAGGUCAGAGAAAGGCAACCGAAUGAUUUGCCAGUCAAUGCAGGCAUGCUUGGAGAAAGACAAAGUCGCCACGUGGCCGGAAGGGCUGGUGAUCGGCCGUGACUGUGCGCCCUGCUCUGGGGAAGAUGAAGGUGCAGAACGGGUCCAAUGCAUGCGGACCGACCAGAGCAUCGUUUUGCCCUCACAAUGCUCCUCGUUGAGGGCAUACUUUUUGCAUAAAUAUCAUGCUGACACAGAUCACGGCAUGCGGUUCUGA